UGUGGUUUACAGACUUGAGUUUCAGCAGCAGGGGGCGCUCACAGCACAGAUGAAUGAUCAGCUGGUAAACCUCAGUGUCUCCUCCUCCUUAGGUUACUCCCGUAACUCUAACAGUGUGUCUCCUCGUGGUUACGCUCCAAGCUCCACCCCCCAACAGUCCAACUACAACACCAUCACCUCCACCAUGAACGGCUACGGCGCCGGAAUGACCAACCUGGGCGUGUCCGGGUCCCCGAGCUUCCUGAACGGAUCCACCGCCAACUCUGCUUACGCAAUCAAACAGAAGAGCGCCUUCGCCCCCGUCGUGCGGCCUCAGAACUCCCCGCCCCCCACCUGCACCUCCACCAAUGGCAGCAACCUCCAGGCCAUGGCCGGACUCAUCGUCCCGCCCAUGUGAGGACCAGUCCCCGCCCUCCACCCCACAGUCCUCUGGCCCCGCCCACCCGAACGACCACGACAACUCCAACCUGAUCUUCAUCCUGGCGCUGCGAUGACAUCAUCGUCCUGACGCUGCGAUGACAUCAUCGUCCUGGCACUGCGAUGACAUCAUCGUCCUGACGCGGCGAUGACAUCAGUGUCCUUACGUGGCGAUGACAUCAUCGUCCUGGCGUUGCGAUGACAUCAUCGUCCUGGCGCUGCGAUGACAUCAGCGUUCUGACACGACGAUGACAUCAUCAUCCUGACGGCGGACGAAAACUCUGCAGACGCCACUUCAGACCGAUGUCUGCAGAGGUCAGAGGUCGGGGCGGGAACUGAGGGGGGUGGGGCUUCAGAACCACUUGUUUGUGUGUGGAGACCAAACCAUUCUGUGAGACAGGAAGGGGGCGGGGCCACUGUAAGCUUCUGACCACACCUGGAAUUUAAAGGAGCAGUUUGUGUUUGUGUGACUGCUCCUUUAAUGAACUGCUGAGUCAUUGUUUACGUUGUGAUCUGGGACGAAUCAAAACGACUAUAUUUAAUUCAUAUUUAAAUGAUAACAGAGCUGUUAGCAUUAGGCGAUUAAGUAGCUAACACUAAUUAUGUUAAAUGUGUCGCUAAUGUUAGCAUCACUUUGAAGUCAUCUUCAGUGAACAUGACUCAGCAAAACAAACCGAAAAGUGCUGAUGUCACAGUUUCUUGCGCUCUCUGGUGGUGAAGUUUGAUAUUGUCCCUCAUCACGAUAAACGUCAGCUGAUCGUUUCUCGUCAGGUCAGAAUCUCGGACUGAGUCCGGGAACCAGGAGUGGAACAAACCGUGAGACGGAUCUGGAUCCUGGAGAAAAUCCAGGAAAGGAAAAAA